GUCGCAACUGGUGGUUUUCCUGAGGCUCCAUUGCACUCAGCUCAACCUUUGUAGGGACUCUAUCCCCUUUUUCCCCCCCUACAAGCACGCCCAAGAACCUCUAUUUCUCUAUUUCUCUUGAAAGCCCGCCAUAAUGUCCUCGAACAACCCCCACCACGACCCCGCCACGGGCGACGAAGAGCAGGACAUGGUCGACCUGGACGAGGUAGCCGAGGAAAUUGCUGCCGAGAAUGAAGAUGGUGACAUCGACAUGUCCGAUCCUGAAGACGACGAGCACGAAGAAGUCCAACUCGUGAACGAUUCCGUCGCGUACUUCGACACCCACAAGGACUCCAUCUUCGCCAUCGCACAACACCCCACGAACCCAAACAUCAUAGCCACUGGCGGCAGCGAGGGAGACGCGGACGAUGCGCCAGGCAAGGGAUAUGUGCUCGUGAUACCACAAGAGCUGGACCAAAGGGACGACGGUCCGGUGCUCCCCCCUAGCUACGCGGCGGACCCCAGCGCUGCCGCGAGGGAGCUGGCAAGUCAGAAGGAAAAUAUCCAAAUACAGCCAGUAUUCUCAAUCGACGGACACACGGACUCGAUCAAUGCGCUGGCAUUUACGCUGCCCAAUGGAGACUUUCUCGUGUCGGGUGGUCUGGACGGUCGGCUGCGGGCGUACAAGGUCGACGCGUCGAAGCCGAGCUUCACGUUCCUAGGCGAGAGCCAGGAGGUGCCCGAGAUCAACUGGCUGGCGCCCUGCCCAAAUACAGAUUACCCCAACUCCGUCGCACUCGGCGCCUCAGACGGCUCGGUGUGGGUGUACACGAUCGACCCCUCGGAUACCGCGACACCUCUACAGAUCGUCCAGACCUACUUCCUCCACACCACGUCCUGCACGGCCGGCGCUUGGACUUCUGACGGAUCCCUUUUGGCAACCGUCGACGAGGACAGCAGCUUAUACGUAUGGGACGUCUGGGGCCUGGCGGCCGCGAAGGGUCUGGCCGGUGACAAUGGCCAGACGGUGGUGUCUCUCACGGGACAGGACCAACGGUUCGAAGUCGAGGGCGGCCUGUACUCUGUCGCAAUCGAGCCAAGAGGCGGCUACCUUGCUGUUGGCGGUGCCGGUGGUGCCAUCAGGAUCGUCGGCCUGCCCAGGAUCACAGACCAGACGGCGGGCUCUGCACCACAGGCAGGGUCGAAGGCAGGCAAGGCAAAGGGCAAGGCGGCUGGAGGCAAGGCCGCCGGUGGUGAGGCACAGGCGGGCCAGAUUCUGGCAUCAUUGGAGGUGCAGUCGGACAGCAUUGAGUCGCUUUCCUUCGCGCCGGCAUCAGCACCGAUACCUCUGCUUGCCGCUGGCUCAGUCGACGGUAGCAUAUCGGUUUUCGACCCUAGCCGGCAGUUCAACCUGAGGCGGAACAUCCAGGGCGCGCACGAGGAGUUCAGUGUUGUCAAGCUGGAGUGGGUGAAGCAACCACAGGGAACCGGGUCAGGGGCAGCAGCACAGCAACAGUGGCUGCUCACGAGCUGUGGUAUGGACGGCGUGGUGAGGAGAUGGAACCUUCAGGGGGCAACACCUUCGCAGCAUGCGCCGAAUGCCGCUGUGGCGGGGCUGGAGAAGGAGUGGAGAGGUCACAGGGGAGAUGGUGAAGGAGGUGGUGUUUUAGGAUUUGUGCAGGGCAACGACGGCAAGAGAAUCGUGACGGCUGGUGAUGACGGACUGGCUUUGGUGUUCCAGGUGUAGGCAAGCAUGAUUGCACUUAGUCUAGCCCCGACACGAACAUAGAUUUGGUCAUGA